GGGUAGUUUUUAUUUUCCUCGCCAACCAAUCCCAUCUAAAAGCCCCGCUCUCUCCUCUCUGCGGAAGUACAACCAACCAUUCCUCCUCUUUCUCUCUCUAACGAUCAUUCAUCGGAAAACAAUUAGACGGCCAAGAUGAUGCACAUGACCUUCUACUGGAGCCGAGAGGUGACUCUGUUGUUCGACUCGUGGAAGACCGAUUCAUGGACGAGUUACGGACUCACCCUCCUCGCUUGCCUCCUCUUCUCCAUCUUCUACCAGUACAUGGAAGCUCGUCGCCAACAAUUUCAGCUCCUUUCCGUCAACAACAAGCCCUCCUCCGCCGCCGCCGCGACGCAGACGACGAUCGACACGCCCCUCCUCUAUCCCAAGCUCGCCGCGGCUUCCCGGAUCUGGAGUGCGGCGAGGUUCGCCGGCGCCGUUCUGUUCGGCGUCAAUUCGGCGAUCGGAUACCUCCUGAUGCUGGCGAUCAUGUCGUUCAACGGCGGUGUCUUUGUCGCCGUCGUGGUCGGACUCUCCAUAGGGUACUUGGUGUUCAGGAGCAGCAGUGCAGAUGUGGUGGUCGUUGACAAUCCCUGCGCUUGUGCUUGAAAACAGACAGAAUUUUAUUUCAAUUUACGUAUCUUUGUCGGUGAUCUAUCUCGUCGUUAAAUUGGAUCUGUUUAUCUCGAAUGACCCAGUUUGAUUUUCCGAUAAUUUCAUUUCUCUUUCUAUAUAUGUCUGUAUAUGAUUGUCUCAAGAUAUGUAAAUUGUGGGGAUUUGAAUCGAAUGGUUUGCUUUUCUUUC